GUAUUUUAAAAUUAUGAUUUAUUUAUGGAUUCCGUUUAUAUGAAUCAUCAUGAGACUUGAGAACAAGAACUCACCGCCCAAGUUAUAAAUUCUUCCAUUUUCGUCUCGUCGUUCUCACCGAUCUUGCAGAGUCCACUAAUUUCGUUCUCCAUUACCAAUCAUCCUCACAUUCUCUGUUGUUCAUUUGCAGAAGAAGAUGAAUGAAUUAGGCGUAAUCGUGGAAGAUACCUUUGUGUAUAAUGAAGAGAAACAUCUCACUGUUAUGAAAACCUCUCUCUUCUUUGCAGGCGAUGGCUAUACUGUCUAUGAUUGUAAAGGCGAGCUUGUGUUCAGAGUCGAUUCCUACGGUCCGGAUGCACGUGAGAAGGAUGAAAUCGUUCUCAUGGACGCACAAGGCAAGUGUCUCCUCACUGUCCGCCGAAAGAGGCCAAGUCUACAUCACCGAUGGGAAGGAUUCUUAGGGGAGAGAACAGAAGGACAGAAGCCAAUCUUCAACGUGAGGCGUUCAUCAAUAAUCGGACGGUCAAGCAUGACGGUGGAAGUAUUCAAUAAUUCCGGCGACGAGUACCAGAUCGAGGGGUGUUUCGGUAAUCGCCAGUGCACGAUCUUCAAUGCGGCGAAGGAACCAAUGGCUGAGAUUAAACGCAAAGUAGAUGCCUCCACUAACGUGGUGCUUGGGAAAGACGUUUUCUCUCUCAUCAUCAAGCCAGGUUUCGAUGGUGCCUUCGCCAUGGGGUUAGUGCUCGUUCUUGAUCAGAUCAACGGCGAUAGUUUUGAUGAUGCCGGUAAUGAAAUGGAUCCCACCGCAGGGGAUUAGUCCUUUUUCUUUAUUAUUAUUUUUUAUCUUUUUUUUUUCUUUUUGGAUUUUUCUCUUUUUAGAAAUAAUUUUGCCUGUUGAUGGAAAAGCCCCCAGGGGCCAAUGCAUAUCAUAUGGUUUUUUCUUUCCUUUUUCUUCUUAGUAUAUAUUGUAUCGUUAUUAUGGAGACGAACGGGUAAUAAUUAGUAAACUAUCAUGAAUUAUUUAGGUUAA